AAUCAGUCUCCACUGAAUAUUGCUGCUCAAUGUUUCAAGGGGAUAAGACCGAAUUCUUAGUCAGUGAUGUCUGAUGAGACAAUGUUACGGAGGCCCAUCAGCAGAAUCGCCAGUAAUGACCUUGUUCCUCCUCUUCGGAGUGCCAGCACUACAGUCGACGAGCAGGCAAAAGGGAAUUCAAAUCCUGGACCCACUUCUUCUGAUCCUAAACCUUUUUCGACAAUACCCUGUCCUAAAGGAUGGCCGAUUCUGGGAACGGCUCUCGAAUUUGCCAACAAUGCGGAAAUGAAGGAGAUUUUCCAUUUCGAAGACCACUGCAGCCGCUAGCAGAAUACUACAGAGUAAAAUCUCAACCAGAAGCCAUCUUGGUGUCCAAUGGUGAAAACUGGCGUCGUAUGCGGAGCGCCCUCGAGAAGCCAAUCCUCAAGCCCAGUUUGUUGAGUAACCACGUGACAUCAAUGCGUGCCGUGUCUUCGGACUUUGUGAACAGACUGGACACGUUGCGAGAUGACGGUGGUGACGUCAAUAACAUCGACUCAGAGUUGUUCAAGUGGUCACUAGAAGGUGAGGCUGUGAAAUAGUUUUCCUGACACAGAUCAUUGAUGCCUCAAAC